UGCUAUCUGGUAUUACUUCACGGCUAUAUUUGCUUUUUUCAGUAACUACUAGUCGAUAAGAACGAGUAAACAAAUCGAUGAAUUUGUUCAGUGAUUUUUUAAUAUUUGUCGGAAAUGGAUUAACUCCGUGACUAUGACCGUAACAUAUUCUAGUGAAGUGACCACCAGUACUGGGGUUGGAAUUUUUUUAAAGCUGCUGGCAAGAUGGAAGGGCAGCAUCUACAAAAUAGUUUGGAUGGAUCUGUUGCUCUAUCUGGCCACUUACUACUGUCUCAACCUGCUCUAUAUAUAUGGAUUAACUGAGCAGUACGGACGAAGGCAGUUUAUCAACAUUGUCACCUACUUCUCAAAAUAUGGUAACUCAAUCCCGCUCAGUUUCGUCUUGGGGUUCUACGUCAAUGUUGUUUACACCCGCUGGUGGGCGCAAUACUCAUCCAUACCCUAUCCAGACAACAUCGCAAUUCUGAUAGGAACCAGUAUUCAUGGCAAAGAUGAAAAGUCGCGGAUUAUUCGGCGAACCAUUAUCCGUUAUGUGUGUGUGGCCUUCACUCUAACUUUGACCAUGAUCUCACCAAAAGCGAAGAAGAGGUUUCCCACUUUGCAUCAUUUCGUCCAAGCUGGAUUGCUCAGCCAUGAGGAGAAGGGAUUUAUUGAGGAGUUGAAUAAGGACUGCCCCACCUACUACUCCAAGUACUGGUUACCUUUGGCUUGGGCUGCCAAUAUCGCCACCAAGGCCCGAUCUGAAGGCUUGAUUAAAGAGGAGCUGAGUCUACGGGAUAUUCUGGAACAGAUCAACGCAUUCCGGGAAAAAUGCAAGCAACUGUGGGACUACGACUGGAUUUGCGUGCCAUUGGUCUACACCCAGGUAGUCACACUGGCUGUAUACCUCUACUUCCUCUUCACGGUAAUCGGCACACAAUUCAUUGAAGAACAGACGGAGGGAGAUACAUUAAUCUUCAGCUUCCCCCUCAUGUCUUGCGUGGAGUUCUUCUUCUACAUGGGCUGGCUGAAGGUGGCCGAAAGUUUGAUCAAUCCCUUUGGUGAGGACGACGACGACUUUGAGGUAGUCUGGAUGAUCGACCGACAUUUGCAGGUGGGGUACUUGUUGGUAGACAAACUCCACAAUGAACACCCAAAGUUGGCCAAGGACUACCACUGGGAUCAAACCGCUCCCAGCCAGUUGCCUUUCACAGUGGCGUCCCAAAGGUACAUGAACGAGCACCCAGUGGAGUCUACCUUCAAGAUCAACGUGCAAAAGGGCGAUCAGGACUUGAUUUUCCGGGACGACAUGGCCAAUCUGGAGGAGCCGGGGCUGUUGGUAAAUUCCCAUGGCCGAUCCGGAUUUAAGAAGUUCUUCUCCCGGCGAAAGUCUGAUCCUGGUUACCUUUUAAAAAGGGUGGCAAUUCAAGAUGGUCAUGCCCCAGAAGCUGGAAACGACUGGCACGAACUUAACACACUCGAGGCUGAAACCAAUGCUUCCGGCAGUCGGGAGCAAAUUUCUGAUGAAGAACAAUUCAAUUCCCUUAGAAAUAGUCGGCUGGAAAAUCGACGAGAAACUAUCCUAAAGCUACUGGAACUGCUAAAAGACGACAAAAACGAGGUCCGAAGAAUCUUAACAGAAAUCAUCAAAUAGGCUUGUAAUGGUCGAGCAGUGGCGGUAAUCACGAACAAUUAGGCGCAAUUUGUUCGAAACAUUGUCUGAUUAAAUAGUGAACAAACAACCUAGGGAAAGUAACUUGUUAGGUUCAUUUAAGUCAUUAUCUAAGCCGUUGAACCGGAUCCAAAUUUAAGCGAAAUUUUGCAUUUAAAGUGUGCUAUAUUGUAAUAAUUGCACUUAGGUAGUUUAAUAAUGAUAUACAAAGUUUUCUUUUCUUCGAACGUAGAGUUUAUGUAACCAUCAGGUAAUUUUAUUGAAUCUUAAUAAUUUGAGUUCGUUCGUGAGGUUUAUUUCUGCAGGCAAAAGUUUGACGUUUUUUCUCUGAAAGCCCAGUGAAGUUCAGUUCCUAUUUCUGUCAGUAUUUUUUAGGUCAAAAACUCGUCCCAGAAGUUUCGGAUGUACGUCAUCAUCAGACAAUUUCAUGGAUUUUUUUACAUUUUAGUUCGAGUUUUUCUGCAUUUCUGUAGGUCAAAGUUUAUCAUUUCCUUUCUACCGAACUGGUAAAGAUAUAUUCUGGUGUUUGUCGGUAUUGCUUCUUCUAUACCUUGUGACCUCUUCUACACGUUGACAAAAUUUCGAAUUUUCAUGACCAUUAGGUAAUAUUAUAAAAUUUUUCAAACUUGACUGGGUUUUCUCGUUUGUUCCUUUAAUACAGUUUGAUUUUUUUCUGACUUCUGAAAGCAUAUUUGAUCUUUGACAGCGUUUUCGGGAGACGCAGCUUCUGUAAAGGUUUUGAUUUUACGCCAUCAUCAGGCACUUCUGUAGAUUGUUCAUAAUCUGAAGUUGCUUGUUGGGGAUCUUUUCGAAAAUCGAACCAGUAAAGAUCAAGACCGAAGUUUCUCUGCAUUUUAUAGGGCAAAAUCUCUUCUAUAAGCGACAGAAGUUUCGAAUUUACAUCAUCAUCAUCAAGGAGUUUAAUCGAAUUUUUAAAAUUCGUUAAGUUCGAUUCUCUAGUUUGUUUCUGUAGGACAGGGAUUGAAAUUUUUGAGACCGAGAGAGGAAACGACUCAUUUUUGGCAGUAUUUUUGAAAGAAGUGUCUGUUUAGUAAAUUUUAAAAGUUUCGAAUUUCUGCCAUCACCAGACACUUUAAAAUAAUUUUCCAAUGUGCGUCCAAAUUUCUUGUUUGCUUCUGCAGGAUAAACUUUGAUUUCAUUUUCUUUAGGAACCUUUGAAAGAAAAAACUCCACUUUGACAGAAUUUUCUAGAGAAAACUAUCUACUAUAAGGUAGUAGAGUUUCAAAUUUAUGUCAUUUGCAAGUAGUUUUUUUGGAAUUUUUCAAAUUGGCUAUCAGUUUUCUGAUUUCAGGAUCACGGUUUCUUCGUUCGAUCUAAAAACUGUUUUUCCUCUAUUCUGUCUCUACUAUAACCAGGGUACAGCCAUCUGUAUCUGUGUGUUGUCCAAUUGUUCGUCACUUUUUCGUCCUAUAGUUCCGUAAUCCUUUGUCCGUACAUACCAAGUGAUCAACUUUUCCAUAAUAUUUUUUCAAUAAAGUCAUCCUCCAUAAAACAAAACUAGUCACCUUCGAAAAUUGUUAUUAAAAAAUGUUGAUUUGAAUCGGAAAAGCACGUUUUAAUGUUCAAUUUGGGUUAGUUAUUAAGCUUCUAAAUCAUAAGUUUUCAUGGAAGUUGUCCCCGUGAGUGCAAAGGGUAGAGGUCAAUUUUUUGAAAAAAUAUAAAUUCUCUCGAAGUGCGUUGCAUCUUACAUCAUUUUCCUCUCAAAAAAGCGACAAAUGCAACGAAUGUAUUAAAAAAUACAAUAGAAGCUUCAGAUUCGAAAUGAUCGAUAUUUUUGCACAUUUUGCGCUGUUACAAUAUUUAAUUGACGAAAUUUUUCUUAUUAUGGACGUAACACUUUCCAAAUUCACAUUAGGAAGCUUCUUAAGUCGAAAGCAAUCCAUUGAGCUAAAGUAAACGAAGGUGAAAUUUGGCUUUUGAGCAAAAAUUUCAUGAGGGGUGAGAAUAGAGCUUCUGUAAAGACGUCAAAUCUCUCAAAAUGCUUCAGAAAGGUUGAUAUUUGAAAUAAGUGACACUAUUGGCCAAUUUUAGUAUGCAUAUUGAGGAGGUUCUUAGGUGGAAAACAAACCAUUAAACUCAAAAGCACGCACGUGAAAUUUUGAUUUUUCACCGAAAAUUUAAUCGGGGUAGAGGUUUUUUUUAGGGAACACUGAAAAAUAUCUUUAAUCGAAAUGGUUAUAAGCGAAAAUUCAAUUAAUUGUAGAGCACCCUUCAAAGUUGCGUUAUUUUUAAUUUACAGUUAUUCAUGCAUAACAGAGUUUGACAUUUUGUCCCACCAAAAUCAGUAAAACCCGAGAGUGUAUGCAUUCAAUAGAGCAAAAUUCAUUCUACAAGUAAAUUUUCAAAACUACCUCUGGUUUUCAUCAUUGUGUUUGGGGGCUGCAAUUUAGCAUUUAUUUCCUCUGUAGCUGCCGACGUAAUAGAGUCACUUUUGAUUGCAUUUUAGUCCGUUAUAUAAGUGGAUAAAGGUCAGAUUUUCAGUCAAAUACCGACAAUUUUUGACAAAUUUGUAAAAUUACAUUUGUAAAAUUAAGUUUUUUCAGGCCGAAGUUUGGUGUUCAGUUAUUCAGCUCAACUAAUAAAAUUUCAAAGCCA